CAAAGGUGUAAUGAAAGCCGUGGCGCGUGUUCCACACCGAAUACGUGGCGAAACUACUCAUGACACUGAAUUUGAUGAUUUAAACGCACGAUUUUCUGAACUUAGUAAAAAGACGGAGAGAUUACAUUCAGAUGCGAUAAAAUUUCGAGAUGCAGUUUCGGGUAUGCUCAACUACCAAGCUAACUUCGCCGAGAUCCUUGAAGAAAUUUAUACACAUAAACACAUUUACAACAUAUAUUCCCAAAAUUUUACAAUGGACGUCGAC